AUGGAAGAAGAAAGACUAAAUAGUGAAAGAGGAGUAGUCCGACAUCGUGGUUCUGUUCAAGGUCACAAUUAUAUUCAUCGCGGAACUAUCCUUGGCCAUGAAACGAUUUUUUGCGACUAUUUUGCCGAACCACCCGUUUAUCCUCCCGAGUAUUUUCGAAGGAGGUUUCGUAUGAGCCGUUCUCUUUUUCUCCGUAUUCAAGCUGAGGUAGAAGCACAUGAUCCAUACUUUGUCCAAGGAAGAAAUGCUGCUGGAAUGCUCGGUUUGUCUUCGCUUCAAAAGAUGAUGGCAGCAAUUCGGAUCCUUGCUUAUGGGGUAUCGGCUGAUUUUUUGGAUGAGAUUGUGAGGAUAGGAGAAAGCACCGCUAUAGAGAGUCUAGAGAGAUUUGUCAAAGCGAUGAUUGAGAUUUUUUUCGGUGAAUACUUAAGGUCACCCAUUAGCAAUGACAUUGCUAGAUUGCUAGCAGUUGGUGAAUGGCGUGGAUUUCCUGGGAUGUUGGGUAGCAUUGAUUGUAUGCAUUGGAAAUGGAAGAAUUGCCCAACGGCAUGGAAAGGAAUGUAUAGUGGCCAUAUUCCCGAACCGACUGUUAUUUUGGAAGCCAUAGCGUCAUAUGAUCGAUGGAUGUGGCAUGCAUAUUUUGGAUUACCGGGAUCAAAUAAUGACAUCGAUGUGCUAGAAAGGUCAACAGUAUUUAGAAACAAGAAAAAGUUUUUCGCAGCAACCCAAGAGUCAACAAGGAAGGAUGUAAAGUGUGCAUUUGGAGUGCUUCAAGCUCGUUUUGCAGUUAUACGUCAACCUGCACGUUUUUGGAGACUUAGCAUGCUCAAAGUUAUUAUGAAGGCAUGCAUAAUACUGCAUACCAUGAUCAUUGAGGACGAACGAGAAGAUGAUACGCAAGACUAUGAAUAUGAAAGGAAUGAUGGACCUCCCCUCGAACCAGUAUCGCAUGAGCAUACUAUGGAACUUAUGGAGUUCAUUCGACGCCAACAUGUUAUUCGAAUGAACUUGCUUAAGAACUUAAUCCAAGAAAUAUGGCAUCCCCUUUUGCAAGAUCGGGUGAACGGUUGGCAUAAAUUGUUAGGACAAUUUCCUAACGACAAGCUUUUAGGACAAUUGCCAAUUGUUGCAGCCUUAUCUGGACGGCACCCAAUUGCCGGGCAAGUUCAGAACAAGCAGAAACAGUAG